UGUAGACUGGUUGGACCGAAGGGCCUGUUUCUGUGCUGUAAGACUCUUAUGCUGCACUACAGUUGUUUACUAAAGAGCAGCCCAGACAGACGCUUUCACUUUCCUCUUUCUUCGACUAUUACCCAGCCAUGACCUCAUUUGAAUUUCUCCCCAGUGCAGGAAAUGUAAGAGGGCCAGAACACUGCACUAACUCCUGGUCAAUAUUAUAAACGGUGUAAACAGACGCUGAGAUGGGCCUCUGUGCUGACUGACAGGCCCCAUUUUAAAGAAACGUCUACCAAAACAAAGUACCAGGAAGAGGCAGUUUCAGGACUAUGGCUCGGGACCUCCACUCUUUCUGGGAGUGGGGCAGGAAGAUAGUCUGUGUCGGCAGGAAUUACGCCGAACACGCUCGGGAAUUGGGGAACCCUGUGCCCGGAGCCGAGCCGCUGCUCUUCCUGAAGCCGGUCAGUGCCUACCUAAGGCCGGGCUUUGCAAUCCGGCCACCCCGCUACAGCCGCCGGCUGCAGCCGGAGGUAGAGCUGGGGUUGGUACUGGCCAAGGGCGGCAGCUGUAUCCCGCAGGAAGAAGCUAUGGGCUACCUGGGAGGCUACGCGCUUUGCUUGGACAUGACGGCCCGGGAUACACAGGAGGAGUGCAAGAGGAAAGGUCACCCCUGGACUCUGGCCAAAGCCUUCGACUGCUCCUGUCCAGUGAGCGACUUCAUCCCCAAGGACAGGAUCCCUGAGCCACACCGUCUGACUCUCUGGCUCAAGGUGAAUGGACAGCUCAGGCAGCAAGGACAAACCUCCCAGAUGAUAUUCCCCAUCCCAUAUCUCAUCAGUUACAUCAGUGGGAUUAUGAAACUGGAAGAAGGGGACCUGGUCCUCACGGGGACACCUGCAGGAGUGUCUGAUAUCCAGGAACAUGAUGAGUUGCAAGCUGGCAUUGACGACCUGAUCACCAUGAAGUUCAAAGUGGAAAGCGAUUAAUGUCAUUUCAGAAGUAAUUAUAUUAUUGUUUUCUGUACAAUAGCGUGCAAUUAUGUCUGCCGAUUGCUGAAUAACAAAUUUCUUGAGAUUUCAAUGGGACAAGUACAUUUCUAUUUGGCUUAAUUUCUCUGGACCAUAAACAAUUUAAAAUGUAACCUGAUUUAAAUAAUUCCCUAUAUUACCAGUGACUACAUAACCAGUGCCACAAGUAAAAUUAUUUUUAAUCAACCUGAUCGUGGAUGUUAUGACACACUUCACUGUUAGGCAGGAGAUGAAUGCAGACCUUCUGCCUCUAAGGUAAGAUCACAAAAGCACCCACCAUAGAUCUAAACUGAUAUUGCUGUGUGCAACAUAGCUGCCUAUUGUAACAGUACUUUUAAAAAAAAUAGUGCUUUUGGAUCUCUUGAGAAUAGUUAUCACAAUUUAAAUGUAACUUCCUUCAUCUUUUAUGAUCAGUUGCAACAAACUAGGACUUAAUUUUGAGCUACAUAACUUCAGAAUAAUCUUUCUUAUCCUAACUUGUGAAAAGGUAAACAUCUAUAAUUGUAUAGGACAUGUCAAGUGUUUUUCAGAAUUCAUCUGGAUGUAUAUUGAUAAUUUAUAUAUGUCCACCACUAUACUAAAAUGUUUGUGAUGAUACUUAGAAAAAUCACUGUCAGCCAAAUUAAUAAUUUCUGAUCUUUACACACAAUGUAUUGUAGGUGGCUAUCAAAUCCUUUGAAUAAUUGGUUUCAUGUUUUAGUUCUCGUAAUUUUUGUCCAAAUAUAAUUGUUAGAAAAUUGAUCUUUUGUGGGACACACUUGUGACUGGCAAGGUCAGCAUUUGUUGCCCAUUGCUAAAUGCACUUGAACUGAUUUCAGAAAGCAGACAAGUGUCAUAUACAGUAUGUUAUUGUGUGAGUUUGCAGUGUUGUGAAAGUCAGUUUCAUUCUCUAAAGGUCAUCGGUUUUUACAACAAAUAACGUGAGUUUCACAGUCACCAUGAUCAGCUUCCAAUUCCACAUUUAUUAAUCAAAUUUAAAUUUCAUCAGCGACUGCAGCAGGAUUUGAAGCUAUGUUCCCAGAUCAUUGCCUCAAUCUCUUAUUAGUUCAGUAAUAUUACCACUAUGUCCCUAUCUCCCCCUACAGAAAUAAUUCUAUAAAUGAGUUAAUGGCGAUAAUGGUUGCAUUUUAAAUCAAAAUGACUUCGUACAUGUUGACAAAGACUACAGGCACUGAAUGUGUAUUGAAGCCAAAAAUGCCAAUUUGUGGAAUUUAUAAUCUAUAAACUGACUCUUCCCAGGCCCAUUUUCUCAGACAGCCACCAUACAUUGAGAACAUUAGUCAAGUAUACUACUUAAACUCAAGACGUUUAGUCUGUAUUUAUAAGUUAUCUGAGAGAAAGGCACUGUCAAGGGCAAGUCAAGUGUUUCUGUCUGCCAUCAAUAGGAGUGGAAACGCACUUGUGACAGCACAUGUGGAAAAACAAGAUAUCCAGUUUAAGUUGCUAUUGAUAGAUUUUGGGCAGUACUGGUAUACUCUUAAACAGAACAUUUCUAAACACUGAAAGUACUGUGUGAAUAGGCAGGACACUUUUACAUGCUUGUUGUCAAACAAAAUGUUUGGGCAGUUAGAGAUAUGUGCUUACCAGCUGUUCAAAGUGAAGCAUAUAGUCACCAGAUACUUGCAUGCAAAGUAAGGAAGUGAAUGUAUUUCAGGGGAUGGGUCAAAAUCCAGGGGACUAAAAUGCUUAAUGUUGCUCUGGAGGAAACUAGAACUUGGGGAAGAAUACUUGCUUUAUUGUCUCUUCUGGUGCAGUUUUUGGCAGGUAUUUCCAACUUUGGCUUCAAGUUAUAAUAGCAGAAAGAGCACCAUGAUAUUAUUAGAUCAGACUGUCUGCAUUUUUAAACUGCUGUUUUGGAGUGAGAAAAAAAGUGGGUAAAUGCCUGUUCUAUUAUAGGCAAAACUAUUGUGGCACAGGUCAGGAAUGUAAAAGAAUAAUCUCUGCUUUCCUGAACAUAUCUAACUCUUUACAACACUCCAGCUUGACACUAUCCAAGACAAAGUUGCUCACUUGAUUGGUACACCAUCAGCACCUUAGAUAUUCUCUCCUUCUGCCAGAUGGACAGAGGAAGUAGAAUGUACCAACUGUAAGAUACACUGCAGCAACUCACUGAGGUUGCUUCAGCAACACCGUCCAAACCCAUGACCUGUAUCAACUGAAAGGAUAAGGGCAGUCGAUGCAAAGGAAUACCAAACCUGCAAGUUCUUUUCCAAGCUGCACACUACUGACUGGAAAUUAUAUGAUGCUUCAUUAUUGCUGGACCAAAUUCCUGCAACUUGCUUCCUAAGAAUACUAUCUGUGUACCAAAUCCAAAUGGACUGCAGCAGUUCAAGAAGGCAGCAAAAGCAAUUGGGGUUGGUAGUAAAGGCUAGUCUAGCCAGUGAGACCCAGAUUCCAUGAACAAGUAAGAAAGUUGGCUCCUUCAGCAUCUGGCUUCUGUGACGCUGGGCUGGGUGAUUUACUAAAAGCCCCACUGAAUCUGGUUUGGACCCAAAUACAGUAAGCAUCAGCUGCUUACAUGCAAUGUCAAAAAUGCUUACUUUAGCUGGUAGUAACAGUGUUACUGUCACUAUCCAUCAAUGCACUAAUGUUGGGAAUUGGUCUUUAUGUAGCCUGGACAUAUUGCUCGAACACUCAAAGACUUUCCUUAAUCAGAUCUUUUUGUUGUCCCCACAAUGGCACCAGAAUGAGAAGAUCUGCAAGAGUAACCACAUAUUCACUUAACUGAAUUACAAUUUAAAAUUUCCAAAUGCACAACUGUAAGUUAUUCUGUGAAUCAUUUGGUCAACAUCAGAUGAAGCACAGAGAUCAAGCAUUAUCGAAUGUCUGAAGGUGCUUUGACUUUAUUGAGUUCAAUCAAUAAUAUAAUGUGAACAAAUUACAUGUUGCAAAAGGAAAGCCAGAUUGGCAUUACUCAAAAUUAUAUAUCAAUUGAAAUUUAUGCAAAUUGUUUUGCAAAAGACCUGAACCAGUAAAGGAGUUUAAAAUAGUUGUGCAUAAUAAACAUUUCUAACUAUCUGCAUACAUUGAAAGUAACAGGCCAAAAUACAAGAAAUCCUAUGAAAGACAACAUUAAUAUCUUUAACAUUAAACAAGGAGUUGAAUAUUGGGAAGAAUACCCACAUAAUAAUAUAGACCUAGAAAAGAAAUAUAGACCUAUGGAUUGUUCACAAAUGAAACCAAUGCAGCCUUCAUAUUUUUACCAUAGUUUUUGUUUUUUCCUCAAAGAUUAUGUUGGCAGUAGAAAAUGUAUGUUUUCCAAAAUUACACAAAUCAUCUUUAUAAAUAAUGGUCAGUUACAACUGUUCAGGAAUUAUAUUUCUGCAGAAAAAGCACAUUGUUACUUUGAGAUUAACAUACAUCAGAAAUUUACAACUUUUACAGCAUUUUCAGUAAAAGGAAAUCAUUGUGAAUCUUGAAAUGGAACAUUAGUUUUAACACUUGGAUGAACAUUUUAAUUUAUUAGCCACAGGUGACAUAUUUGAUGCUGAGAUUGGCAAUUAAUAAUUCAACACCUGUAUUCAUAGAUGAGGUUUGUCCCAAACAAAACUGAUGUACUGUUUACUCUGUUUACUUUUGAUACUUUGAUAACUGGCAGAAAAACCAGGGCGAGCUCAGGGCAGAUCAUUUGAUGCACAGUGGUUUCACCAUCUGGAAUGCACUAUCUGACAAGGGAGAGGAACCUAAUUUAAGAUGAACUUUGAAAACAAAAUAAAAAUAGGUAGAUAGAGGGAAAGACAAGGGGCAUACAACUAAUUGGAUGUAGUCCUGUUUUGUAUGAUUCUCGUCAUUACAUUCCAUUUAGAGGUGUCACCUCUAAAUAUAGACUUCAGGCAGUGGGAGGCUAGGCUACUGUAAUUGUACCCAUACAAACAGAUAUAAUUGUUCCCAUUUUACAGUCUUCACAUUCUGUCCUUAUAUUUAACCUAUGUAAAUGUUUACACUGUAACUAUACCCUCUGAAAGGUGGUAGCUUUGCAAUUAGGGUUUAGGAUGUAAUAACAAUGUGAUAAAUUCAUGUAGGCUAUUUUCAUCAUAAAUAUAAGCAGACAUAUAGCUGAAAAGCUGCUUGAAGUAUUUGCUGUCAUGGGAUUUUUAAUUUUUACAGAAAGGGGUGGAAGAAUUUGUGUUCCCAGAAUAAUUUCAUAAUUUGCUUUGGACUUAUGAAUAUACAUUUUAAAAUGUAGUAUUGAAAUUAAAAUUAUAGUGAUCAAAUAAUCUAAUAUUUCUUAAAAAUAGUCUUUACAUUCCACAUUGAAAACAGUGUUUGUUUGAUUAUCAUUGUUAACAAAGGCUUAAUGACAAUGUAUGUUUAAAAUUUUUAAAUAAGUUGGGGUUUAUUGUUAUGGUUUGGAAAUAAAAGCAUCUGAUGCUAGAGAUCUGAAAUAAAAACAAAGUGCUGAAGAAGA